UCUUUGCUGCAACAAGUAAAGGAUGGAUGAGAUUACUGUUGUUGAAGAAGAUGGUGGACGAUCAAAUGGUGAUAGUAGUAGCAGCAGAAGCAGUGGAGCGAGAACGGUCGGCGAUGUCCCUGAGCCCUUCGACAGUGAAGCCCUCCCUCCCACGAUUAUUGAGAUUCGCCCCUUCCUUCGUGUGGCCAACGAGAUCGAGCACGACUACCCCCGUGUUGCUUAUCUCUGCCGUGUCCAUGCCCUAGAAAGAGCACACAUCAUGGAUCCUCAUUCAACAGGUCGUAAAGUUCGACAAUUCAAAACUCUUCUUCUGCAAAGGCUCGAACGGGAUGAAAAAGCCACUGAAUCAAAGAGGAAGGCAAAUAGUGAAAGACGUGAACUUCAUAAAUGUUAUGAAGACUACUCAAAAUACACUCAAGCUAAGUCAGCAAAUAGAGAGCUGUUCACAAAAGCCAAUGAAAUCACUUCAGUUCUGCUUGAAGUAUGGACAGCAAUCACAUCCGGAGCUCCUGAGGUCCUUUCGGCUGGUAAAGAUGUCAAGGGAAAAGCUGGUUUGUAUGUUCCCUACAAUAUCCUUCCACUCGAUCCUGGAGGUGCAGAACAGGCAAUAAUGCAGUUACUCGAGAUUAAAGCUGCAGUUGCAGCUCUUCACAAUAUACGGGGUUUACAUUGGCCAAAAGAUGCUGACGAAAGGGAAAAUUGUAGGGAUUUACUUGAUUGGCUGCAGUUCACUUUUGGGUUUCAGAAAGGAAAUGUUGCCAAUCAGCGGGAGCAUCUGAUUCUAUUGCUUGCAAACAUACACAUAAGGCUGAACCCAAAGCCGAAGUUAUUAUCAAAGCUAGAUGACAGAGCCCUGAAUGAACUUAUGAAUAAGUUGUUCAAGAAUUAUUUGACCUGGUGCAAGUUCUUAGGCCGGAAAAACAACCUGUGGUUGCCAACUAUUCACAUUGAAGAAUUACAGUACAAAAUUUUGUAUAUGGGACUUUACCUUCUCAUAUGGGGAGAGGCUGCAAACUUGAGGCUUAUACCAGAGUGUCUGUGUUACAUGUUUCAUCAUAUGGCAUAUGAACUACAAGGGGUGCUAUCUGGUACCAUUAGUUUGCUUACAGGUGAAAAGGUUGUACCAGCUUCAGUCCAUGGAGGAGGACCCGAGGCUUUUCUCGACAAUAUAGUUACUCCUAUCUACAGAGUUAUAUAUGAGGAAGCUCAAAAAAGCAAAAAUGGGACUGCUAGACAUUCCCAGUGGAGAAAUUAUGAUGAUUUAAAUGAAUUUUUCUGGUCUCCUGAUUGUUUCCAACUAGGUUGGCCCAUGCGUACCGAAACAAAUUUCUUCUUUGUAUCAGGGCCAACUGGUUGUGAUGUUACCAGAAAAAAGUGGGCAUUGAAGAAGGAUAAAUUGUUAAAGGAGGAAGCAUGCCAUUGUGAGGAGGCUUUGGAAGAAGUUGGUGUUCCGGCAGAAUUGGAGAUGGAUAAAUCCUUAACGGAGGCACAUUAUCAGGAGGGUUUGAAAGAAGUUGGUGUUCAGGGAAAGAUUAAGACUUCUAUGAAGGGAGAUUACAAAUCAUGUUGGAUUGGCAAGACUAAUUUUGUGGAAAUUCGCUCAUUUAUGCACCUGUUCAGAAGCUUUUAUCGAAUGUGGACCUUCUUUAUACUCGCCCUUCAGGCAAUCCUCAUAAUGGCGUGGCAUGAUUUGAGGUCACCUAUUCAACUUUUUGAUGAAACACUGCUGGAAGACAUGAUGAGUAUAUUCAUAACAUCAGCUGUUAUUAAACUUGUACAAGCUGUUCUUGAUGUAAUUUUCACAUGGAAAGCAAGAAAAAACAUGAAGUUUUCACUUAGGCUCAGAUACUUCCUGAAGAUUGCUACCGCUGCUAUUUGGGUUAUCAUUUUUUCAGUUUAUUAUGCUCAUCCAAACAAAAAUUCAACUUGCAUUGCCAAAUUACAUGGUAGUUGGGUUUCAAUAUGGAGGUGUCCUUCAUCCUACACAUCAGCAGUUGCCAUCUACUUGUUGGUCAAUGCCAUCAGAAUGGUAUUAUUUUUCUUCCCUGCAAUGAGCAGCUAUAUUGAAACUUCGAAUUGGAGAGCUUUAACCCUUUUGACUUGGUGGGGACAGCCUCGACUCUAUGUUGGACGAGGAUUGCAAGAAAGCAUGUUUUCCGUUGUGAAGUACACAUUUUUCUGGAUGCUAUUGUUGAUAAGCAAAUUAUUGUUUAGCUAUUAUUUUGAGAUUAAACCUUUAAUGGAACCUACAAAGCAAAUCAUGGAAAUGAGUGUAAGCAAGUACGACUGGCAUGAAUUUUUUCCAAAAGUGAAAAACAAUGCCGGUGCCAUACUUGCCAUUUGGGCUCCUGUUAUAUUGGUAUACUUUAUGGACACUCAAAUAUGGUAUGCAUUUUUCUGCACUAUAUUUGGUGGGAUUUGUGGUGCCUUCCGGCACCUUGGUGAGAUACGUACAAUGGGGGCACUAAGGACUAGAUUCCAGUCUUUGCCAGGUGCUUUCAAUGCCUGCCUUAUGCCGACCACUUCAAACAAAGAUCACAAGAAAAAUGUGGGAUGCUUUUUCCUGAAAUGUUCUCCGAAGGUAUCUGGUUGUUCUGAAAAUGAUGGUGCCAAAUUCGCGCUUGUGUGGAAUCAAAUAAUCAGCAGUCUCCGUUCAGAAGACCUUAUAAGCAACAUGGAGAUGGAUCUUUUGAAUGUACCAUAUUCAUUGGAGUUAAGUUCCAACCUCGCUCAUUGGCCACUAUUUCUGAUUGCUCCCAAGUUCCAAGCUGUGGUGGACCUAGCUAAGAAUUUUAUUGGGAAAGAUAAGGAACUCUACAGGAAAAUUAGAAAGGAUGCUUACAUGUUCUGUGCUGUGAAGGAGAGCUUUGAAUCUUUGAAGUGUAUCCUUGACAUCCUUGUUGUGGGUAAACGGGAAAGAAGCAUUGUUUAUUACAUAAUACAUGAAGUUGAAGCAAGUAUUAAUAGAUCAAGCCUCCUGAGUGAUUUUAAAAUUUCUGAGCUUCCACUUCUAUGCUCUACAGUUGUUCAGCUCGUUGAUUUUCUGUUUGAAAACAAGGAAUCCUCUCGAGAUACAGUAAUCAAACUGCUGCAGGAUGUUGUUGAAAUUGUUGCCAGGGAUAUGAUGGUAAAUGGGCCCAGUAUUGGUGACUCAUUUUCUUCCUCUGAGUCUGAACUGAUGCAUGAGGUCCCUACGAUGCUGAAUGGAGUAAUUGAAGCUCCUCUAUUUUUAUCGAUGGAUCCCCCUGCCAUUUGUUUUCCGCUGCCAGCUGUUGGCUCUUUAAAGAAGCAGGUCAAGCGUCUACGAUUGUUGCUUAGUGUCAAUGAGUCUGCAAUGGAUGUCCCCUCGAACUUGGAAGCUCGACGGCGCUUAUCUUUCUUUGCGACUUCUCUCUUUAUGGACAUGCCCACAGCACCCAAAGUUCGUAAUAUGCUCUCAUUCAGCGUAUUGACCCCCUACCUAAUGGAGGAGGUUAUGUUCUCUGAAGAUGAACUCCAUUCAGCUCAGGAUGGUGUAUCUAUUGCCUCCUACAUGCAGAAAAUAUACCCAGAUGAGUGGAAAAACUUUUUGGAACGUAUAGAGUGUGAAAAUGGAGAAGAUAUCAAAGAGAAUAACAAACAGAAAGAGCUGUGCGAAUGGGCCACUUUCCGAGGACAGACACUAAGUCGAACAGUUAGAGGAAUGAUGUACUAUAGGAAGGCACUAAAACUUCAAGCUUUUCUAGACAUGCCUAAAGAUGAAGGCUUAUGGGCUGUAGGGUGGGAAGAAGUUAGAAGUCAACGCCCACUGUCAGCACAAUUGAAGGCCAUAACUGAUAUGAAAUUUACAUAUGUUGUAUCCUGUCAAAUGUUUGGGGCACACAAAUCUUCUGGGGAUCGGCAUGCACAGGAUAUUGUAAACCUCAUGAUCAAAUAUCCAUCACUCCGGGUUGCUUACAUUGAGGAAAAGGAACAGAUUGGAAAUGGAAAAGCUCACAAGGUUUAUUCUUCUAUACUGGUCAAGGCAGUCAAUAAUCUGGACAAGGAAAUAUAUCGCAUCAAGCUCCCGGGGCCACCUAAUAUUGGAGAAGGGAAGCCAGAGAACCAAAAUCAUGCCAUAAUAUUUACACGUGGUGAAGCCCUUCAGACCAUUGACAUGAACCAAGACAACUAUUUAGAAGAAGCCUUAAAAAUGAGAAAUGUCUUACAAGAAUUCCUUAAACAUCAUGGAAAGCGUCAUCCAACCAUUCUUGGUCUUAGAGAACACAUAUUCACGGGAAGUUUCUCCUCUUUGGCUGGAUUCAUGUCUCACCAAGAAACCAGUUUUGUCACUAUUGGGCAAAGACUUUUAGCAGACCCUCUUAAAGUGCGUUUCCACUAUGGUCACCCAGACAUAUUUGACAGAUUGUUCCACAUAACAAGGGGUGGCAUAAGCAAGGCAUCCAAAGUUAUAAACUUGAGUGAAGAUAUAUUUGCUGGAUUCAACUCAACUUUGCGGCAAGGAAAUGUGACCUACCAUGAAUACAUACAAGUUGGUAAAGGCCGUGAUGUUGGUCUCAACCUGAUUACGAAAUUUGAAGCCAAAGUAGCCAACGGAAAUGGUGAACAGACACUAAGUCGCGAUUUAUAUCGGCUUGGACAUCAUUUUGACUUUUUUCGAAUGCUAUCCUGCUACUUCACAACCAUUGGAUUCUAUUCUAAUAGUCUGAUCAUGGUGCUGGCAGUUUAUGCUUUUCUAUAUGGGCAGCUUUACCUGGUGCUUAGUGGGCUGGAGAAAGCAAUCCUAGAAAAAGUUGGAAGAAAGCACAUUGAGUCUCUUGAAUCAGCUUUGGCUUCCCAGUCAUUUAUCCAGUUUGGGCUUCUAACAGGUUUACCCAUGGUAAUGGAGAUCGCACUUGAGAGAGGAUUCCGUGCUGCUUUGAGCAAAUUCAUCACAAUGCAGUUAAAGUUGUCAUCUGUUUUCUUCACAUUCUCCCUUGGAACGAAAACCCAUUAUUAUGGCCGAACUCUACUUCAUGGAGGUGCUAAGUAUAGGGCCACAGGUCGUAGGUUUACGGUGUUCCAUGUGAGUUUUGCAGAGAACUAUCGACUAUACUCACGUAGCCACUUUGUGAAAGGAUUUGAAUUGAUUAUUCUCUUGAUUAUCUACAAUAUGUAUGGUCAAUCCCUCAAGAGAAGCUUCAUAUGCAUGGUAGUCACAUAUUCCAUUUGGUUCACAGUGGUUACCUGGCUAUUCGCCCCUUUUCUGUUUAAUCCUUCAGGAUUUAAGGGGCAGGAAAUUGUUGAGGAUUGGAAGGCUGAGGGUCAAAAGAUUGUUGAGGAUUGGAAGGGUUGGAAAAAAUGGAUCAAGAACUCUGGAGGCAUUGGAGUGCAACAGGAAAAGAGUUGGGAAUCUUGGUGGGAUGCAGAGCAGAGUCAUCUGAAAUAUUCCGGAUUGAGUGGAAAAAUAAUUGAAAUUAUUCUUUCACUCAGAUUUUUCGUUUAUCAAUAUGGCCUUGUUUAUCAUCUCGAUAUAACUCAUGAAGAAAAGAGUAUCCUGGUAUACACACUUUCUUGGAUUGUGAUUGCAACCUUACUCAUUGCCAUCAAGGCUGUCAAUAAAGGACGCCAGUUUCUUGGUGCACAAUUUCACUUUGAAUACAGGCUUCUUAAGGUCUGUUUGUUCUUGGGGGCCUCAUCAAUCCUCCUUGUGCUCUUCUCUGUCUAUGGCCUCUCUUUAAUGGACGUGUUUGUGUGCUGCCUUGCUUUUCUACCCACUGGGUGGGGCUUGCUGAUGAUUGCACAAGCAGUGAGGCCUUUGAUUGAAGACACAAGAUUAUGGGAAUCUGUUCAGGUGUUGGCUCAAGCUUAUGAUUAUGGGAUGGGGUUUAUCCUUUUUAUUCCUGUGGCUAUACUUGCUUUGAUCCGAGAUGUAUCAGACCUUCAGAAAUUACUUCUCUCCGGGCAGGCCGUCGCAUGCAAAGUACGAAUACGACCCGUCCUCGCAGGAGAAGAUAAAUACAAGUGAUAAUCAGCUGCUGUCAUAGUUUGGGAGCAUGAUUCUUCCCUCUUCUUUGUGGAGCUAUGGAGAUGGUCAAACUAUUAUGACCAUCAUCGCAAUGCACCUAUGGCCAUGUGCUUACGGCACGAUAACCACAACACUAGCUCCAAGGUUCAAAUCCCAGAUAGAUGGAAUAAAAUAUAUAUCAUUAUCACCUUAUGCCGCAUUUUUUGUGCAAUCAAUUGUCUAAUAUUCCUGCCACUCGUUAAUUGUACAUAAUUUGGGAACCAAUAGGACUUGGUAACAAUUUUACUAACCUCUUUGUGGCCCUUAUGACGGGCCUACAUACUGUAUCAGAUUAGCGCUAUCCCUUUGAUAGACAACUCUGUAAAUGGUGGUGGUAACAGGUCAAUACGUUAUCUUAUAGUAACAGUACUGAUUUUAAAAGAUUCGAGCCUUUUAUCAUUA